GUACCACAUGGAUGCAGGAAAUUGUGACUCUCAUUUCCAGCAGAGGUGACCCCCACUUAUCCCAGACCGUCCCAAACUGGACCCGGGCUCCCUGGUUGGAGCAAUACUACUGCGCAGAUUUUUUAAAAGCCUCGUCCUCCAGACCUCGAGUCCUCACCACACACCUGCCUCAUCCCCUGCUGAGCCCUGCCCUCCAGGCUUCCAAAGCCAGGGUCAUCUACGUGAGCAGAAACCCUAAAGAUGUUCUGGUGUCGUUUUAUCACUUUCACCGAAUGGCAAACUUUCUCCCUGAAGCUGGCUCCUUCUCAGCGUUUUUACAUCAGUUCCUGGAAGGCAAACUGCAUUAUGGGUCCUGGUUUGACCACAUUAAAGGCUGGACCAGUCAGGCAUCAGAUCUCAAUCUGCUUCAUGUCACUUAUGAGAAGAUGUCAAUGGUAAAGAUGUCAUUAUAUUUAUUACUCGUUCUGGUUUUGUUUUGUUUUUUUGUAUCGUUACCAGCCUGAGUGUCUUCUGUGUGACAGAAAGGGUUAAAUUAAACCCAAUUAAAC